AUGGCCGCCCUAACCCAAGGCGCCAUUGACGGGCUGCUGGGCGUCGCGGCCAAGGCGAUCACCGACGAGGCACAACUGAUCGGCGGCGUCCCCGGCGACAUGCAGUUCAUCAAGGAUGAGAUGAACAGCAUGAAUGGGUUCCUGCUGCACCUGACCAAGACGGAGGGCCAGCACGACGACCAGGUCCGCGCAUGGAUGAAGCAGGUGCGCGAGAUCGCCUACGUCGCCGAGGACUGCGUCCAGCGCUACAUCCACGACAUGGUCCCGAAUGAAGCUGCUUGUUGUAGAUCCCUGGGCGCCCUUGCCGCCAUGGCGCACCUACUCCUCCUCCACCCCAAGAAGUUUCGUCGGCUCCACACAGGGCCGUCUCCAGAAAUUUGGGGGCCCGGGACGAAAAUCGAAAUAGGAACAGGUUGA